AUAUAUUCUUCUGUUUGCACUGUGUCAAAGAAUUUCAUAUAAUUCAGCUAGGCGCAUUUGAGUGGGAGGUUGGGUUUUCUGUUUUUCAAUCUUAAUGUGUUACCCUCAAAUAUUGAAUCAUUUGUAAAUCAGCCUGGAUAACAGAGACUUCGUCAAAAGGCGUUUGCGGUUUUUGGACUCUGAGAAAACUGAGCAUAGCGAGCACAAAGACCAACAGAAGUUUGCCAUCAGGUUCUCAUAGGCAAGACUCAGACUGAGGAAAGAUGUCGAUUCGGUGCAUCGCUAUCUUUUUAACUGUUCUUGCAUGUGCCUAUGCUGACAUGUACUUUCACAACCCAAGAGGCAGCAACAACAGACUGAAUGGAGGAGGGCGUGACAGACAAAAUGCUAAUCGGUUAUUUGAUUCGCAGAACAAUGCACGUGGCGGCUAUAAUGUUGGGAACCUGUAUUAUUACGCAGGAAGUGUGUUGCCAAUCCAAUGGACCAACCAACACUCUUGCAAUGAUCCCAACAACAACUGUGAAAUCGUUAUUCAGUACAUGUGCCAUGAUCGGCUCAGAGAUGGAACAACUGAACGAACUAUUCCUGAACAUCGUCAUCAGUGCAAGAAUUUCAACUGCAACAGUGAUCUGAGAUUUGGAAUGCACGAAGACUUUGAUUAUUACCAAGAGUGCAAACGGCGACAACGUAACACUGGUCUCUUUGUUGCUGAUCAGAACCUAAAAGGUAGCACUGCGAAAUACACCCGUCAAAACCCUGGAGGAACUCGCAGAGGCUAUGAAUGUCCAGAAGAAAAGGAUUAUUACCCAUACUGGCAUUCAAGUCCUUGGAAGGAUAUCGUGGUGAUGACCAAUGACGUCAAAAGAUGCGAUUUUUACAAGAAAGAGAGCCAGAACGCUGGAACUCGAUGGGGAUGUCAAGUACCGAAGGCAUAUUUCACAUGCGAGCAACAUCUGAGGAAUUUGCAAAUCCCAAAUACCAAGGAAGAAUGCGAGAAUAUUCGCUAUCCACCCAAUGAUCCAUAUGGCGAAAAGGCAGUUUGGAAGGAAUACCCUGCUCAUGGUGUACCAGCACCGGAUUGCAUUCAAUCUCCUUGGUCACGUGAUAAUCACAAUGGCAAUGGCAGGAAUGGCUACAUGAACACUUACAACUGGACUGUGCCAAAUAUCGAGGCACACAGUUGCGUAAUGAGAAUUCGAUACAACAUUUCAACGAAUGAUUACGAUUCUUGGAAGACUGAUUCCGCUUCAGUGGUUGACAUUGGUGAGAAUGUUGGCCUUGAGAAAGAAAGUGCCAAAGCCAGGGGAUACGUCUUUAAGAACAACCCUGUCGUCAAGGUAUCUAACAAUGCUCCCAAACUGCAACUAAGGUUGGCUAUCAACACCGCACAGUUUGGUAGAACAUUUCAAGACAGAUCCCAUGUGUUCUCAAUUGAAAAGCGUUCACCAGAAUUGGCAAAAGCUGAGAUUCACAACGUCAAUGUUCGCGGCAAACGUGGCAAUAUUGUGCAGACGUAUCCAGCAAUGGAAUACGAUUUUGUUCCAAACACGUUGCACAUUAAGGAGGGACACUACAUUCAUUUCCAAUGGACAGGCUCUGACAGAAACCCCCGUAAUAAUGCGGGUGAGGGUCGUGCUGGCACAGACCGUUCUAAUGUGAUUCUAUUGGCCGAUCAAAUCUAUCCGGAGGGAAAGCCCAAGAUUAAUGUCUUCGGGCAAUAUGGCCGAAACUUUCCGAAGAACAUUUCCGAGGCAAGAUUUUUAGGGAUGCACAGAGUGGAACUGAAAAAGGCUGCAAUACUACACCCUGGUUCUGGACCUACGCUUGAUGAAGCGGGUACAUAUUUCGAUUUGGGACCGAAAAAAGUGACAGGAUCAGGUACCUACUUCUAUAUGUGCACACGAAAUAAUAAUUUUUCAAACAGAAGUCAAAAAGGGAAAAUUGUAAUUGUGAAGUCUGGUGGGGGCACGUCCAGUGAUACUGCCACUGACGUCAUGAAAGAUGAAAAAGAAGUGAAAGAGGCGCUCAAGAAGGAUGAAAAACAGGAAAGGUACGACAGUCUUGCUGAUUUAGACACAAAGGAAGUAGAUGUUAAAGAUACUAAGGACGAAAAGAUUAAAGAAGAUAACCCUGACAGUAAUCUUCUGGUGAAAGAAAAUGAUGAUGAAAAUAAUGAAGAGACAAACGAAGACUCGGAUGAAGGUAUGCACAGUGGAACAGAGUUGAAAGACGAUGCUGUUAACAAAGUAAAUAAAGAUCCACAAGAUGAGAAUACAGUGGAGAAUACAGAAGAGGCGCCAGGGAACAGGUACAAAAGAGUAUCUCUUCUGGAACUGAAUGCCUCUUUGCUGGGUAAGGGACAGUCAGACACUACUGUAAAGCAAGUUUCCAAAUAACAUCUGAAAUUUUACAUCAUGAACACUUGGCAUAUAUGAUAAUCAUAACCGUGGAAAAGACCCAGCACCACAUAAUCAUAUUUUAAAGCUGUUAUCUUUAAGUGUUUAAACUGUAUUUGUUUUUUUAUUGCACAAGCUGAUGAAUUUAAUACUACGAA